AUGACUUGCGUUUGGGUCCCCGGAACACACAGAAAGCUGGACACCGGUAGGGCACGUGUCUGUCAUCCCAGUGCACCUGUGGCAGUGCACCUGUGGCAGUGCACCUGUGGCAGUGCACCUGCGGCACUGCACCUGCGGCAGUGCACCUGCGGCAGUGCACCUGUGGCAGUGCACCUGUGGCAGUGCACCUGUGGCAAUGCACCUAUGGCACUGCACCUGCGGCACUGCACCUAUGGCACUGCACCUGCGGCACUGCACCUGCGGCACUGCACCUGUGGCAGUGCACCUAUGGCACUGCACCCGCGGCACUGCACCUAUGGCAGUGCACCUAUGGCACCGCACCUGUGGCAGUGCGCCUGUGGCAGUGCACCUGUGGCACUGCACCUGCGGCACUGCACCUAUGGCACUGCACCUAUGGCAGUGCACCUAUGGCACCGCACCUGCGGCACUGCACCUAUGGCACUGCACCUGCAGCACUGCACCUAUGGCACUGCACCUGCGGCACUGCACCUGUGGCAGUGCACCUAUGGCACUGCACCUAUGGCACUGCACCUAUGGCACUGCACCUAUGGCACUGCACCUAUGGCACUGCACCUAUGGCAAUGCACCUAUGGCAGUGCACCUAUGGCAAUGCACCUAUGGCAAUGCACCUGUGGCAGUGCACCUGCGGCAGUGCACCUGCGGCAGUGCACCUGUGGCAGUGCACCUGUGGCAAUGCACCUAUGGCACUGCACCUAUGGCAGUGCACCUGUGGCAAUGCACCUAUGGCAGUGCACCUGUGGCAAUGCACCUAUGGCAAUGCACCUUUGGCAGUGCACCUGUGGCAGUGCACCUGCGGCAGUGCACCUGUGGCAGUGCACCUGUGGCAGUGCACCUGUGGCAGUGCACCUGUGGCAAUGGGAGGCAGAGUCAGGAGAAUGCCAGAGCUACUGGGCCAGCUAG